AUGCCUCCCUCGACGACCCCGAAGUUCCAGGCUGAAAACAGAAAUCCCAGUCCCACCCGCCUUCCAGUAUCCUGUCCCGGUUGUGGUGCGCUCACGCAAGAUGUCGACCCUGGACAAGCGGGUUUCUAUACAUUGUCAAGAAAAGCGGUGGUGAAAUACCUCAGAAACCUCGAGAACUCGAGGCGGCUGCAGAAUGAAGGACACGAUAGCACAGACGAAGCACAUGCCCAAGCCUCUCUCGGCUCAAAAGAUGAUGAAAGUCUACGUGAAGAGCACGGUAUAGUCCAGUCUGAACUGCAAAUUACACCUCCUGUAUGCGAUAGAUGUCAUUAUUUGAUUCAUGACUCUCGUGGUAACCCCAUCGCGCAUCCGUCCAUUGAAGCAAUUGCAGAUUCGAUCGCGGAGUCGCCCUUCUCCAAAAAUCAUGUCUACCACGUUCUCGAUGCUGCAGAUUUCCCCAUGUCUCUCAUCCCUGCAGUCUACAAGAACUUGUCUUUGGCGAAACCACGAACUCAGAAUCGUAGGUCUCAGCAUUCGUUUUCAUCCCGGCCCUCUGUGUCUUUCAUCAUCACCAGGUCUGAUCUGCUCGCCCCGAACAAGGAGAUGGUGGACAGCAUGAUGCCCAAAUUCAUCGCCAUUUUGAGGACAGCCUUGGGUCGCAUGGGUCAAAAGCUCAGGCUAGGCAAUGUGCAUCUGGUCUCGUCAAAACGAGGAUGGUGGACGAAGGACAUCAAAGAGAGCAUUUGGCACAGGGGCGGCGGCAAUUGGCUGGUGGGAAAGUUCAACGUGGGAAAGUCCAAUCUCUUCGAGGUCCUUUUCCCGAAAGGCUCGCACGGCAGAGCACCUGUAUAUGCAGAAACUCAGCAACAGCAGGACAUCGAGUCUGCACAGAAGUCUGCCGAUCCAACAUUUUUCUCUGAGAAGAAACUGUUGCCCCCCCCUCAGCCUGAGGUUCCAUUUCCAUCCAUGCCUUUGGUGUCAAGCUUGCCAGGGACGACAGCAUCCCCAAUCCGACUGCCUUUUGGCAAUCAUAAGGGAGAGCUGAUUGAUAUGCCAGGGUUGGAACGCGGGGGUCUUGAACAAUAUGUCAGACCCGAGGACAAGGCUGACCUAGUCAUGGUACAUCGUCCGACCGUCGUUCAACAUGUUAUCAAACCCGGCCAAUCCUUGCUUCUAGGAGGAGGAUUGGUCCGUAUUACGCCGCUGCUUAAUGAAUCCGACCCGAGUACCACUAUGCUGGCGUAUCCCUUUGUUCCGCUUAAAAGCCACGUCACGUCUACAGAGAAAGCGUUGAGCACACAACAGCAAGAGCGCGAAAGCGGUGUCGAAUCGAUCCUGGCUGAAGGGGCAGGGACUUGCAUGUCUUCAGCAGGUCGAUUUAAACUGCAGACCGACGUCACAAAGUCUAGGGCCGGCUCCAUGAUCAGGGCUGGUGUCGACAUUGACAAAUUACCGUUCCGCGUCUAUGCGGCAGAUAUCCUCAUCGAAGGAAUUGGAUGGGUGGAACUGGUCUGUCAGGUUAGGAAAAGCAAGCGCGUACAUCAGCCUGAGUCGUCUCCUGAACACUCUCCCGAGUCAGACGGCGCCGAAUCCGGAGUGCCCACGGCCAAAGGCCUGUCAAUUGGUACAAGCAUAUUUACUCCGUUCACCUCAGUUCAAACAGAAGAAAACCGGAGCCCGCCGCCUGCUGGUUUUCCUGAGGUCGAGGUCUUCACCCCAAGUGGCAAAUUCAUCGGACAAAGAACCUGCCUCGAUGUGUGGCAAAUGUGGAAUACAGGAAAGCCUCAGACGAAGAGAACCGCGCGUCCUCGCAAGCCGAUGAGUGGCGCAAAGAAACGAGAGAAGCUACGCCGGAGGGCUGCCUUGAUCACAACCUGA